CGCAUAGCUAAUAUCGCUUGCUACUCAAGUCGCAAUAGGCGGUUCCUCAGCCGGGGGGCUUGCCCGGCAUAAUUCAUACAGAGACGAGAGCUUUAGGAAGAUCGGUCCUUACUUUCACCGAAUAGCAUCGCGCAACCUCGUAGGUUAACAGCGCUCUGUGGAAAAUGUCUCCAAGGAUCGUGGUGCUGCUCGCUGUAGUCCUCGCGCUCUCCAACCUUGCAUUCGCGCUGAAGAAAAUAGACGCUCCAUGCACUGCUUGCAAAGCGGUGGCCGCGGAGCUGCAGAGGAGGAUCAACAAGGAGCCCGUGCGCAACCACCUCGAUCUGCGCCACCGCCUUGACAAGCACGGCCAGCGCUACGGCAAGGUCAUAGCCUACAAGUCGAGCGAGCUGCGCGCCGUGGAGCUGCUGGACGGGCUGUGCGAGCGCAUGCGCGACUACGCGCUGGUCAGCCCCACCGGCAAGAAGACCAAGUUCUGGCUCAAGGUCAAGGGCGAGGGCGCGGCCAGCACCGCCAACGUGACGCGCUCGGCCGGCCAGGAGGAGGACUCCAAGAGCAAGCGGCUGGAGUCGUACUGCGGCACCCUGGUGGAGGAGUACGAGGAGGACGUGUACGCCGGCAUCAUGAAGGGAGGGUUCGACUCUGAGGGUGUAGAGUCAGUGCUGUGCCGCUCCAUCAUCAAGCCCUGCCCCGCGGCUGCGCCGCCGGCGGACGACGGCUCCGUGCCGCCGGAGGCGGGUGAGGCGGUGGAGGCGGACGAGGACGCGGAGGACCUGGAGGCAGCUGCCGCAGCGGCGGCCGCGGCCUCCUCCUCCUCGGACUCGAGCUUGGGGGCUGCAGGGUCGCAGGAAGCGUCGCAGGAGGGCGAGACCAAGUACAUUGAGAACAUGACCGUGGAGGUCGGGAAGGAUGGCAAGUUUGAGUUGUAGGUAGCUGUUGCAGCCCUUGAGUAGCGCACAGCAGGUGUGCAAGCGUCUGCUAUAGCUAGUCAGGCAGCGCCGUCCGUGGCGGUCGUGAAAAGGUUUGGGUAUGCGGGCCUGCUGCUGCAAUGAUGGCCAGCUUGCGGGCUGUGCGUCACAGGCGCAAGGUGGCGCGCGGCCUCAUUUGCUUCUUGGCAGUGAGUUGUGUGGUGUCAUGGAGACAUACAAUUUUGGCGCGCGUGUGCGUGAGAGGGUUAAGACGCCCAGCAAGUGAUCAUGUUGGCUUGUGGUCAAAGCGUGGGUGCGAGGCGGGUUGAAGCAUGUGGUGGGACUGCGCAGACGAGCGGCGGCAGGGCUCGACGUGUCUGCACUGGUAUCGACAGCCAAACAAGGAUGCUAUGCACUUUGUCCCAUUUGCUUGAUAGCUGGACGUGGCUGGACGCAUGGCGGACCGUGCCUGUACGAACCGACUCCGGCUAUGUCCGGGAGGUGAGGUAGACGCUUGCAGCCUCAGACUAGAGACGUGGCGUGGGCGCCGCCCACUUGUCCCAUGCGAUUGUGCCUUCAAAGCGAAGGGCAGUGGGUAGCAGGAGAGAGGACGCGGUGCGCCACUUUGCCAUCCGAGUUAAAGGAGUUGGUCGUAGUAGCCGGGAGGGAGGGCGUGUGAUGGGACAGGGUUCAGGCAGGUUGGCGAGGUCCCAUAGGGUGCAGCUGACGGAGCGAGGGCAUACAGACAAGGCGCGCCGCUUUGUCGUCUGCGUUUGACUUUCUUAAUGUUAAGGAAGCAACAGGCUUGCGUACCAUGUCUUGCUUCAUGGCGCUCCAGUUCAUACGGUGUGCGAUGGGACAGUGUCAAGGUAGGUUGGUGAAGUCCCGCAGGGUGCAGCUGAUUCCCAAACCCCAGAAGAUGGCAAACAAAUUGCAACGGCAGGGCACGAGUGCGCGGCUGGUCGAGUUACUGUACCGAAAAGUUGCUGG